CGGAGGGGCUUCGCAGCGAGGCCUCGCGCGGGAAGCGCUUGCGCGAGGUGGCUCGCAGCACCUGUCGCUCCUGCCGCUGAGUUAACCCGGACCCGACCUCAGACGACCUGGUCUCGGCUGUCGGACCGGGUGUCCUUCUGAGAGGUAGGAUUUUGCUAUAAAAGAAAUAGCCAUAAAGAACACUUUGAAGUUGUCAAUAUAGAGAAUACCACCACAAGAAGCAACCAUGCCUGUGGAAGGAGGGAAAACUGAUAUGGAGAGGAUUGGCCUCUUUAGUGAGAUGGAAUAUGUUACUGUUGGUGAUAAAUAUGUGUCAUCAUUUAAUCGACCCUUUAAUGAGGCUGCAAGCAAAAAUAAACAGAUGCUACCUGGGGGAUCCAAAGAAAUGUCAAAUCUCCAGGCAGGUUAUUUUGAUCCCCAUUUUGUAAGGAUAUUUGAAGGUGAAGGCUAUGUAAGUCUGAAUCAAGUGAGGAGACGGCAUAUGAUGGAAGAAGCCAAAAAAAAUCUAGGCAAAGCCUUCCUCCCUAGUAGUGGAGAUAAAAAGCCAUGUGGUUUAGGAAGCUACUAUGGAACAUUAGGUGGUCCCGUGCCAUUCUUCAGUGCACAGUCAAAACCCAGAGAAAAAUAUGAGGCACCUGGAAAGAAUUUAUAUACAAACCCAGGAAAGAAAGGAACUGGAUAUGGCUAUGCAAAUAUUACCAUAGGUAAACAGUUUUCACACUCUGCUGAUUUCUACGAUGCACCCAAACUAAAUUAUAAGAAGGAGAAUGAAGAACACCAUCGUUUAGUUAAAGGAACACCUUUCAAGUUAAACCUUUACCCAAGGGAAUAUUUUGAUAUCAAUCCUUAUUCGUUUGAGAAGUCUUUACCACCAAUUAAAAAAACAGAGAAGAAAGAAUUACUUGCACACCCCUUUAAGCCCUCUUCUCCUGGUAAAAAGGCUGGUGGAAUGAAGGCAGGAACAUUUGACCCUUACCCUUCACAUUCUGCUGACCCUUAUGUGGUUAAAUUGGGAAACCAGAUUUCCAGCAAAGGUGCUAAGAUUUUCCACCCACCAAGUGGACCAAAGAGCAGACCAAUUGAAAGUAUAAUGACCUUAAAUGUCAAAAGGGCACUAAAUAUGAAGAACUACAAGACUGCUUCAGUACAGUCCUAUUAGCAUUUGGAAGACAAAUAACUUUCUAGGUUGUGACUACCGGUCCGGCAGGGCAGCUGAAGCUGAAGUAGACACAAGCCAAAGUGUCUUGAAAGCAUGGACCAGUGCAUGCUCCACAACCCAAGAUUCUUUGUGUUGAUGGCACCCUGACAGGACAGCUGAAGCUGAUGUGGGUAUAACCUGGGGUGCCCUGGGAUGCUCUGAGUAAGGUGUGCCCAAAGCUGGAGGGGAGCUGAAGCCUAGGUGGUUACGUUAGGCCAGCAGGUCCCUGAGCUCACUGCACAGAGGAUGCCCUGGCAGGACAGCUGAACUGAAGUGGAGGCACGUGGUGGGGGGCGGGGCGCGGUGGUUGGGUCUCUGUAUACAGAGGAUACCUUGGCAGGAUAGUGAAGCUGAAGUGAUAUAAAUGGGUGUUCCAGGACUAUCUGUAAAGAGAUAGCUAGAGUUGAGAUGGGGUACAGGCCAGGAUAUCCUGGGAUGCUCUGCAUUGGGGGUGCCUUCGCAGGACAGCCAAAGCUGAACUGGGUGUAAGCCAGGUGCACCAAUGUUCUCAGUGUGGAGGGUCCUCCGGCCAGGCAACUGGAACUGCGUCUGGUACAGGCAGGUGUGUUCUGGGGUGCUUUGCACCCUGUCUGGUACAGGCGGUGUCCUGUGGGGUGGCUGAAACCAAUGCAAGCUACUGGCCAGGGUUUCUAGGAUGCUCUGUGCAGGGGGCACCCUGUCAGACAGCUGGGUCUGAGGCAGACAUCAACUGAAAGCUUCUGGAGCACUUUGCACCUGGGGUGCCCUAAUAAGCUGUUUGAAGACAAAGUGGUGUGGGCCUCUUAUGGUCUAGGGUGCUUUGCACCUGUGUCACCUUGGUGUGAAGGGUGGAGCUGUAGUGAACGCUAACCAGGUGUGUCCUGGUGUGCACUGUCCUUGGGCUGCCUUGGUGGGAUGGCUGGUGCUUAUAUGGGCUACGGGUCUAGGGCUCACUGAGGCAGCAGGUCAGCUAAGGUACCUGGACCAUGCACUGGUCCAUGCUUUCAAGGGGGAGCGUAAACUAUAUCCACCAGACCUCCCACCCAGAGAGUGAUUCCAGCAGCUCCCCUAGUCAUCUGGUGGAGUUUGAGUGCUGGCUCUUUUAUAUGGUAGAUGCAAUUUUAAACUUUAUCUUUUUAAAGAAAAAAAGGGAAAAAGAGGGGAAAAAAAGAAAUAGAAUAGAAAGAAAAGGCAAAAACAAAUAUAAAAAAGCAUUUUUUUAAUUUAAUUUUUCCCCCCAUGCCCAGGUGCAACUGGGGCUAGUGUGGGCUUGCAGUUCCAGGGUUUGCUGAGGUGUUGAGCCAGUCCCUCUGAUCCAGGGAGUGUUCCUGCAGUUCCUUUGCCCUUUUACUUUAUUUUUAUUUUUAUUUUAGAGA